UAACCGGCGAGAGGGAGGAGUCACAUUCCAGAGACUUACAUGUGGAGGUGGUUAAUCAGGGCUUGUGAUAAAUUUAACCUUGCUGGUUUUCACUUGAGAAGGAGAGGAGCAAUCAAAAACUACCUAGCAUUUAUAGCUUACCAAGAAGAUGUCAGCCCUGAAAAUUACUUCAGUGCUUUCCAAAUUCCUUACUGCCAGAGGGACAUCUACAAGCAGCGCUGCUGGGAGCCCCCGUGCUUUUGUCACUGCCACUUCUAGACCACUGCAGGCCAAAAAGGAUGAAGAGACCGCAGAAGCAUGCAAGGGUGUAACAGAGGCAGCAGAAUCAGUUAAAGAAGGUGCAAGAUCAGUGAAGAAUGCUGCUGAAACUGUUACAAAUAUGACCAAGGAGGUGACAAAAAAAGUAUCUGAAACUGCAGAAACCAUCACAGACAAGGCUGCUUCAGUAAUCAAGGACAAAAUAGUUGGCAUGUAGACUGAUACGUGUAUGUUCACGAUGAAGAACAUAAAGACUAAAUAUUUUCUUUUCUAUUCGUUUCUUAAUUUCUUCAACUUCUGGUAACUUACCUUUUUGCAAGUUUCUAUAUGUUUGAUUUUCUCUGUUUUUUUCCUUUUCAAUUUAGUUAUCUCUGAAACGCUAGCAUGGACAUUAUAAUGAACAAUAAAUUAUAGAAUAUUACUAUGCGGCGGCCUGCCCAACCA